GAGAGAGAGAGAGAGAGAGAGAGAGAGAGAAGGAUGCAAGCAACAAAGGGGGCGAGUGCAUGUGAAAUAUGGGAGGAAAGAGAGCAGAUGAGGACGCAGGCUGGAAAGACCGACUCAGCUCAGCUCAGGUCAGGAGGAAGUUUGGCGAGGUGGAGGAAGAGAAAAGGAACUGAAGGAGGGCUGGAAGCAGGCAGGAACAAGUGAGAAGAAGAAAGAAAAGAAGGAAAGGACGUUGGAGAGCUGAAAGAAGGACAAGUGCAUGCCACAGUGACUGCAGGAUUCCAUCACUCUUAGCAAACGGCCGCUUUGGCGUUGCCAUAGUAACGCCGUCCACCGUGCUCCGCUGCCGCCCACCCCCUCACUCUCUCUCUCUCUCUCUCUCUCUCUCUCUCUCUCUCUCUCUCUCUCUCUCUCCUCCCUCUCCUCUCUCUUCUCUCCUCUCUCUCUCUUGCUGUCCGUCCUCACCGCCGUGCGCUUCCUGCCCGCGUUGCCACGGCGACACGUUCCUGGACGAGGAGUCCGACACUCGGGUGCGUCCAGACCUGUGCGAAGUCCGCAGCUCCUGGUUCUUCUCACCGAUCCCUCCUCCUUUCUUUCCGCCCGUCAACUUUAACGCCUGCUCUCCGCCUCCUUGUUGUCGUGGCGAUCCGUCCAUCCAUCCGUCCGUCCAUCCGUCCCCUGACAGGAAGUUGAUGAACUUCCGACGUUCCUUCCUGGACUCCCCUUCCUCCUCCUUCUACGCCUCCUCCCGCACACCCGCAUGAACGCCCACGGCCAAGAGGAGGCCCUGCCGCCACCGCCGAAGGAGGAGGAGAUGAAAGCCGAGGAGGACUGGCAGGAGCGCUCGCAACCCACCGAGGAGGAAGGCGUCCGAGAGGAGCACCGGCGAGUCGGAGAGGAGGGCCGACGGGCUCUGGGCGCGGAAGAUGUGCAGCCAGAGGAGCAGCUGGAGCAAAAUGAGGAGGCGCAGGUGGAGGAUGAAGGAGAAGAGGCGCAAGAAAUAAAGGCGCUGGCGCAGGAGGAGGUGCAACAGGAGGAGGCUCACAGCAUGGAGCCAGAGGGGCAAGAGCAUGAGGAGAGGCGGGGGCUCAAGGAGAUGCCGCAGGAGGGAGAGCUGGAAGGAGAGCAGCACACGGAGGAGAUGCAGGAGAAUGAGGAGGAAGAGGAGCAGCAGCAACAAAUAGGGGACUUGCCGCAGGAGGAAGAGCAAAGGAACGCGACGGCGCAGGAAGAGGAGCAACCGAUGGACGAGGAGCGGGGCUUUGUGGACCCUCUGGAGCAAAACCACAACAGUCAGGUUCUCGCUCGCCUCAGAGGAAUGCAGAAAUACAAAAGCACAUCACAGAGGCUGAAAGCGGCCAUGGUGGUGUUGGACGGCGGCGGUGCGCUGGACCUCGCCGAGCUGCGCCGGAACCUGCAGCUGGCCGCCGCCAUGCUGGAUGCCGUCUACGCCGACGAGACCAAACGUCUGCUGGACCCCGAGGACGAUCUGAGCGAGCUGCCGGCCGAGUCGGUGCCCAGGGAGGUCCGCGAUUGGCUGGCGUGCACCUUCAGCCGCAAGAUGGGCGUAGCCAAGCGCCGCCCCGAGGAGAAGCCGCGCUUCAGGAGCAUCGUGCACGCCGUGCAGGCCGGGAUCUUCGUCGAGAGGAUGUAUCGACGGACGUCCAAUAUGGCCGGCCUGACGUACCCGCCCACGGCCAUCGCCGCUCUCAAAAAGGUGGACCAGUGGUCCUUUGACGUCUUUUUGCUUCACGAGGGCACGGGCGAGCACGCCCUCAAGUUUCUGGUCUACGAGCUCCUGACGCGCUAUGACCUCAUCAACAGGUUCAGGAUUCCGGUGCCGGCGCUGGUUCAGUUUGUGGAGGCUCUAGAGAACGGCUACAGCAAACACAAGAACCCCUACCACAACCUGGUCCACGCCGCCGAUGUCACGCAGACGGCGCACUUCCUCAUGCUGCACACUGGAACCAUGCACUGGCUGAGCGAGCUGGAAAUCCUGGCCAUGGUUUUUGCAGCGGCCAUUCACGACUUUGAGCACACGGGAACCACAAACAACUUCCACAUACACACGAGGUCGGAGGUGGCCAUCUUGUACAACGACCGUUCGGUUCUGGAGAACCAUCACGUGAGCGCCGCCUACAGGCUGAUGGCGGAGGAGGACACCAACAUCCUGGUCAACCUCAACAAGGACGACUGGAGGGAGCUUCGCGCGCUGGUCAUCGAGAUGGUGAUGUCGACGGACAUGUCGUGUCACUUCCAGCAGAUCAAGACCAUGCGGAACACCCUUGCGCAGUCGCACAGCGUGGACAAGGUGAAGGUCUUGUCGCUGAUGCUGCACGCCGCCGACAUCAGCCACCCCGCCAAAGGCUGGCCGCUGCACUACCGCUGGACGCACAGCCUCAUGGAGGAAUUCUUCAGACAGGGCGACAAAGAAGUGGAACUGGGACUUCCCUUUUCUCCUCUUUGUGACCGCAAAGCCACCAUGAUUGCUCAGUCGCAGAUCGGUUUUAUCGACUUCAUCGUGGAGCCGACGUUCGGCGUCCUGGUGGACGUGACGGAGAAGGUGAUGGGCCCCCUGAUGGACGAGGAGAGGAAGGCCCGCGAGACGGGAAACCGACGGCCCAGCCUGACAGGCAGCGGCUCGGGCACCGUGGAGUCCGUCCAGAGACGCGGCGGCGGCAGCGGUCGCCACGGCAGCCGCGAUGACCGCCAGACGGACUUUUCCCUGAGCGCCAUUGACCUGCCUGCGCUCAGGAAGCACCUGAGCGAUGUCAUCGGCAGGAACAAGGACAGGUGGAAGGAGCUCUCCGUGGACGAAUUGGCCGAUAAGAAGCAAGAAGGUCAAGAGGAGGCGGAGUCCAAGAACAAAAGCUGCUCAAACGACCAAUCGCAGGGCUCGGCCCGCCGCCCACCGGAUGAAACGCGUAACCACGACGACCAUGAGCAAAAGUCAUCCGACAUCCAAUCUGAAGACCACUCCAGACGCAACGGGGCGGGGCCAGGAGAGGAGGACCAGGAAAGUGCCUGAAAGCCGGACGUCUGGCCACGGCGACACAUUGUAAGGCGUCAAGGACCUUUGGAACUUUUAUUUUCCGACUGACCUUGAAGGCCUCGCACCGCCCGGCUCCUUGCGCAAACGAUGCGUUUGACACCACGUCGGAUGCUCGGCAGGCAUUUAGCCCAUCGAGCUAGCUAUCUAGCUAGCUUAGCAUGAGUGAGCCGUGACGGUGUUGUUUGGAUCUUUGUCAAUCAUUGCAUCGCCAUGGCAACCCUCUCAAAAACACUUUGAAGCCAAUGAAGUGAGCAUUGUGUGUGUGUGUGUGUGUGCGGUACAGAUGUUUUGAGGUUCAAACAAAAUAAACAUUCUCAACGGAU